ACCAUGGACACCUCACAGGCUCUGCCGCUCUUCUUGCUCCUGGCCUCCGGAGCAGGUGUCCUCCCUCUCAGAGCCCCUUCUGGAGUUCAGCCAACUGAUUUCAUCUCUGACUCAGAAAGCUCUUUCCAGGGCCCCGGUUCGAAUAUUUCUUUCAUCAAACCCCCCAGGCAGAACUUUCUGGAUCAGCCUCCAGGUUCACGAGCCACUGCUGAGAUCCCCCAUUCCAAAUGGAGUCUUGAGGACCUGAAUUUGGACAGUGUAACUGGGUCCUUCUGGUCAAAUGUUUCUGCUGAGGACCAAAAGUUGGACGCGGACCCCACCGUCUCUGGGAUCUCUGGUUCCCAAGUACUUCCUGAUAUCUCGGGGUCUCAAGUUCUGGCCAAAGACUCGGAGCCUUCUUCUUCUGUUCAGAAGCCAACUUCAGACAUUUCUGCUCAAGUCCCUGAUGCGAAUGUGUCCGCAGAGGGCCCAGGUUUUAAAUUUUCCCCAGAGAAUCUGGAUCUUAAAUUCUCUCCCCAGCGCCCCGAAUUCAAAGUUCCUGCAGAGGCCCCCCUCGAGCUAAGUUUCCCCCACCAGGUGGGGGGCCCUCUUGCCGUGCUCGUGGGCACCACCAUCCAACUCCCCCUGGUUCCGGUCCCCAACCCCGGCCCCCCUGCCCCUCUGGUUGUCUGGCGCCGGGGCUCCAAGGUGCUGGCAGCGGGGGGCCUGGGGCCAGGGGCCCCUCUGAUCAGCCUGGACCCUGCUCACCGAGAUCGCCUACGAUUUGACCAGGCCCGAGGGGGCCUGGAAGUCGCCUCAGCCCAGCUGGACGAUGCUGGAGUCUACACGGCUGAGGUCAUUCGUGCUGGGGUCUCUCGGCAGAUUCGGGAGUUCACGGUGGGUGUAUAUGAGCCGCUGCCCCAGCUGUCCGUGCAGCCCCAGGCCCCGGAGACAGAGGAGGGGGCGACUGAGCUCCGGCUGCGCUGCUUGGGUUGGGGGCCCGGUCGCGGGGAGCUAAGCUGGAGCCGGGACGGACGCUCCCUGGAGACAGCGGACCCGGAGGGAGCGGAGCUGCCUCGGAUCCGCGCAGAGGGCGACCAGCUGCUUAUCGCGCGCCCCGUGCGCAGCGACCAUGCCCGGUACACUUGCCGAGUCCGCAGCCCCUUCGGCCACACGGAAGCCGCGGCUGACGUCAGCGUCUUCUGUGAACGGCCCGGACCCCCGAUCAUCGCGAUCUCCUCGGACCGGGACGCCACCCCUGCCCUCUAUGUCACCGCGGGCAGCAACGUGACUCUGCGCUGCACUGCCGCCUCGCGGCCUCCAGCAGACAUCGCGUGGAGCUUGGCCGACCCCUCCGAGGCUGCGGUGCCCGCGGGCCCGCGCCUCCUGCUGCCCGCGGUUGAGCCCGGCCACGCCGGUACCUACGCCUGCCUCGCCGCGAACCCGCGCACCGGCCGCCGCCGCCGCUCUCUGCUCAACGUCACCGUGGCUGAUCUGCCCCCCGGGUCCCCACAGUGCUCAGUCGAAGGGGGUCCCGGGGACCGCAGCCUUCGCUUCCGCUGCUCUUGGCCCGGUGGGGUCCCUGCCGCCUCCCUGCAGUUCCAGGGUCUCCCCGAGGGCGUCCGCGCGGGGCCGACGUCUUCCUCGCUCCUGGCAGUUGUCCCUGCUCACCCCCGGCUCAGCGGCGUUCCAGUCACCUGCCUCGCUCGACACUUGGUGACCACGCGCACCUGCACUGUCACGCCGGAGGCCCCUCGAAAGGUGCUGCUGCAUCCAGUGGUGGAGGAGACACGGUCAGGGGAGGCAGAGGUGGUGCUGGAGGUCUCUGGCUGUCUGCCGCCUUCACAACCAUCCUGGGCCAGGGAGGGGCGGCCCUUCGUCCCCGGAAGUGGUGGGCGCCUGAGACUCAGCCAAGACGGGAGGCGGCUCCUCAUUGGCAACUUCAGCCUGGACUGGGACCUUGGAAACUACUCCGUGUUGUGCAGUGGGGCGCUGGGUGCUGGGGGUGACCAGAUCGCUCUCAUUGGACCCUCCAUCUCCUCGUGGAGGCUGCAGAGAGCCCAAGAUGCAGCAGUGCUGACUUGGGAUGUGGAGCGCGGAGCCGUGAUGAGUGGUUUUGAGAUCCAGGCACGAGCGGAGGGGCCUGACCUGAGCAGAGCCAUCGUCUACCAGGGCUGGGUCUCCUUGCUCAUUCUGGGGCCUCAGGAGCGGUCAGCCGUGGUGCCCCUCCCUCCCCAGAACCCUGGGACCUGGGCCUUGCGUAUCGUGCCCACCCUGGGGGGCCAGCCAGGGAGGCCAUCCCAAAGCCGGAUCUACAGUGUUGGCCCCACCCUGGGCCCCGGGGCCAUCGCCGGCAUCGUCCUGGGCUCCCUGCUGGGCCUGGCGCUCCUGGUAGCACUUACCGUCCUGUGCGUUUGCUGCCUGCGUCGUUUUCGGGGAGAGACUCUCAAGAAAAAGAAGCAGCUACCCACCUUCAUCCCUGCGGUCCCGCCACCAGAAAAGAAGAUGCAGAGUGUGGAUCCCGAGACUCCACAGCCUCUGCCCCUUAAAGUCCCCCUGGAGGACCCCAGCCCAACCAGGGACCACCAAGCCGCCGGCCCCAGUCCCGUCAUCCCUCCAGCUGGGGGCCUGAAGACUGUUCGCGCAGCCACACAGGUGUGACUACGGCUAAUGAGUGGCGUGCGCUCUGCAGGACUUUUUGCUCAGGACUUCCUGUUUUUACUCAGCAGCAGGCAAGGCCUCCCUGUCUUACUGUGACUGAAGACUCAGAAAGUGAGACUUUCUGUCUCCCUCUCUCACCUCCAAAGACUCUACCUGUAUUUGUGCAACUGAGGAGGUGGGACUCCUGGGCUGGGGAGACUCCUGCUGCCCUAACAGUGUGGUUUGCCAACCACCAAGCUGGCAAGAUGUGCGGACUGUGCCGCGAACAGGCAGGCUUGUUGGGCUGCUCUGAGCCAGAGCCGGGACCUGCCUCAUCUCUGGAAGAGUCUUCCUAUGUCCACUCUUGCCUCCUCCGGGCCAUACCCACCCAGCUCCCAGAGUCUCCAUUUUAAAACAGAUCAGAGCACACAUCCCUCUUCUCGUAAGCCCUUCUGUGGCUGCCCAUUGACUUCAGAUAUUGUCCAAAUUCCUCAUCGUGACCUUCAAAGCCUUGUGGAUCGGCCUCCAUCCGCCUCUGUGACC